AAAUGAGACAGCAAGCCAUUAGGAUCGUUCCGUUCAACGUAUCCAUGAAAUGUGGGUUUGUGUAGCAAUGUAGAGGUUUUGUCGUUGCUUGGACGUACGGUACCCAUGCAUCCAGUGAGUGCAGUCAAUAAAUCAGUACAGUCGUAUGGUGGUACCUGGCACCUUUGGGAGUUUGCUAUAGAGUAUUCCUUCGGGUUUGCCAACGGCAAGGGCGUGGAAGCUAAGGAGAUGUGGCGGUAAUGGAAUGGAAGGGACUCUUGCUGCUCAUGUUCACAACGUAUUUGUAUGCCUACCCAACUUGUCUUGCCAGCUAGAAUACUUUGGCGGCAUCAAAGAUGUAUUGUUGUGGAGGAAAACUUUCCAUGGCGUACAUGUUGGACGCCGCACGAGCGACAGCAGGGUUCCCGUUUUUGGGUUGCUGUUUCUUCUUGUUGCUGUUCGAUGAUCGUUGGACCCAUCGUCUCGUUAGUGUAGCUCGGGUCUUCUGGCUCAGUUCGGUGCGAAUGGCACAGGCCAUGGCGGCUCCCCAAAGGCAGGUCAUGGUUAUUUCUAUGUUUGCUAUUACGAGUGAGAGUGUUGCUUGGAUUGGAUUGAGUUUGUUCUGUGAAAGAGAUAUGGACGAAACGACAAAGAAAUGAAGGGGUGUUCUGGUUAUUGGUGUCAACCAAAACAAACCAACGAGAACGAUUUGAAAUGUGAGCGUUUGGAUCUCCGCCACCUUGGCAAAGUGUGCGAUCAGAUUGGAAUGCUGUUUCCGGAAUAACUUCCGCCGGCUUCCGCAUGAUCUAAGCUUCCUCCGUGCCACAGUACCGGUAAGAACAGAACACUAUUAGUACUACAUGUAUGUACUAGCUAGUACUGUUUCUCAAAUGGACGAAGAUCCCGACUGAGCAGCAUCAACCCAACCACACGAAGACACGACAAGACCACUCUUUUUGUCGAACUAACUGUGAUCGAAGAACACUCUCACCUCAUCCGCUUCAACUCCCAUAAAACCAAUACACAAGCAAAGCAAAGCAAAGCAAAGCAAAAACAAACCAAAAUGCACCGUGCUCUUAGAAACGCUGCUUCUGAUCUCCAGGGCAAAGAGCGAAUUCCCCAAGGGGUGACCCAUAACCUUGGAGAACGCAGCCACCCAAGCCAAUCAAUCCGUGGAAUCCAACGUGGUGCAGAUCACACAAGCACCUUUGAUGUGACCCCCAAACAUGAGUCCAUUGCCAAAGGAGAUGGUGUGAGGUUUAAUGUUGAGACCGUACCCAGUGCCCUCAAGGAACACCUCCAAAAGCCUCCCGUCUCUCGUCCUGAGCUCAUUGAGGGACUACAAGCAGCACUGGCCGAAACGUACACAAGAGACAGAGGAGAAAAAGACUCUGAUGGUUACCCUAUCUACCCAGGAGAGCCAGGCUCUGUGAUGGCUUCAGAUGUGAGGAUGGAGGCAUUGUCUGAGAUUAGAGGAGACAAGACACUCGUGCAUGCAGGGUCUAACGGAUUGGUCAUGGCUAUGGUGACUGCUUUUGCCCAACACCUGCCAUUAGAGCUCUCCCCUGACUCUAUCUGGGUUGCAAUCACCUAUGCCUUUGCCAAACAUGUGGACCAGAAUGCUGGGGCUCUACGAAAGAAUUUUGUGCAGCAUGAAGGAAAGAAGCGCCUUGAGGUGGAAACCAAUCCCAGCUUUGCCAUGAGCAGGGGAGGAGACCCUGACACAGGAGCUUCUGCCGAAAAAUGGGAGACUGAAAUUUUUCCAGCUUUCUCAAGUCAAAUCAAGGAGCACAUUGGCAAGACAACUCAUGAGGCGAUUGCAGCCAGCUUCACCACAACAACAGCCACAGCAAAGGCUUGCCAUGAAAUCACCCUCAUGUCUGCCAUGAAGAACUACUUUAGCUAUGGCAUGAGGACCAUGUGUGGCAUUCCCCAAAUCACCUUGUUGGGGGCAGAAGAUGACUGGGUUCAGUUGCGUGCCCGAACUGAACAUUUGGGGAGCCUGAUGACAGCAGAGUUCUCCGAGUACUGGAUGCCCCUUUUGCUGCCUUUACUGGAUGAAUUUGUGGAGAGCUACAAGGGCAAUGUGAACCAUGGUUUUUGGCAGUCCAUGGUGAAGCUCCGCAACACAGGAGGAGGGUCAGGAACCUAUAACUUCAUCUCAGGUUGGAUGCAAAUCCUGUUUCCUUAUCUGGGAUCAGGCAGUCUCAAUGAGAACCUCAAGCCCUGGCACGAGAUGUACUUUUAUGGUCCGAAGCUUGGCAAAUUCCCUCCUCUUGCUUCAUCUGCGCCGGUGGAUUGGGAUUAUCAUGGCACCACUUUCGACAUUGAAUUCUUUGCUGGUGUUAUUGGAUUCGCCCAAGACAACUCUAAUGGUGCCCUUUCUCCUGUGCUGGGAUGGUAUGUUGCUCAUGCUCCUCCGAAGUCACCAUCGCUUCAGCUGAAGGAAGCUAAAAAAGAGCUCAACGAUCUCCUGUUGGGUCACGAGGAAGAGGCAUCUGCUGAAAUAGUUGAUAAGAGUGCUCCUUGGUAUGGGCGGGUUACUUUCCUCCAGGAUAAGAUCCUUAAAUUGGAGAGCACAGCUCCCAAACAAUGCAGCAGCUUUUGAGUGUGCAUUUUUCAGCCUGCCUUGAGCAAGACUGGAUUUUCUUUUUGUCUCCUGGGUGACGGUGUUUUGCAGAGUUGCAAACCCAGAAUAGCUCCAGUAGUACUGAUAAAUUCAAUUUCAUUAUUUGGUUGUU